UUUUCGCUCGUGCGACUGUUUUGGGGAUCGGGCCGAGUUUUGGCUUCAUCGUGUGUCGUGCGUCGUGUAGUUUACAUGGGGUAAAGAGAACCGAUUAAUGGCUCACGACCAGCUCCCGAUCGACAUUCGUAGGUCGCAAGAAAAUCAAACUUGUUUGAAAUCCAGUCGCCUCUCGUGAGGAUUUCGCUCUGUUGAAGUUCUUCCACGAGCCGAUUAGCCAGAAUCUGGCAGACUGCGCAUGCGCGGACACAGAAGCGGAAGUAGGAUAUGAAGUUGUGGAGGACGAUGGCGGGCCGGCGAGUGUUUUGGACAGUGGACAUGGAGGCGCAGCUCAUCGAGCUUUGGCAGACUCACCCAAGCCUCUUCGAUGUGGCCUCACAAGGCUACCAUGACCGCAACAGAAGAGAGAAAAGUUGGGAGGACAUUGCCGCUCAGUUGCAGCUGCCAGUGAAUGAGGUGAAAACCCGCAUGACAUCACUGCGCACGCAGUACGGGAAACUUUUGAAACCCAAACCCAGCGGCAGUGGACAAAAACCUCUGACCUCCAAACAGACGUGGAUUCUACAGCACUUGGAUUUUUUGAAGGCCCAUGUCAUACACAGGCAUACCGAGUCCACACUCAGACUUGCUACAGAGUCAGAGGACACAGGCCCAAUGGAAGAGGGAGAUGAGGAUCAAUCAACUGUGGAAACUGAAUCAGAUGUCUUUACUUCUUCAGACACCGCCAGUCCGGUUUCUGUGACGCAGGAAGAAGAAAACGCCUCCAACAGUUCAACAGUCACACCGUCCACAGAUCAGCCUGUCAAAAGACCCAAAGUGCAGAAAGUGAAGCCAAAAUCCACAGAGCACAGCAUUGAAAUGGCCAAACUGUCCUUGCUUCAGCAGGUCCAGAACACACUUUCUGGAUCUAAUGCAGAUUCUGAGGAGGUAUUUGGUCAACAGGUAGCCUCAGAGUUGAGAAACAUUAAGGACAGAGCUCUACAGUUGAGGCUCAGAAGAAACAUAAUGAACAUUAUUUAUGACACACAGGAGGCAGAGCAGGCUGGUCAUUCUCAAUUUGCAGGUCCACAUCCUACACCAGGUCCACAACCUAGGCCUUACACAACUACACCCAUGUAUCCCAUGCACCCUUAUCAGGCCCAGCCACCCUCCCAAGACUACCAGGCCCCAUCAACCCAGCCAAUGUCCUUUCUGAAAAUGAUAAACUCUGAGUAGCUGGGUACCUUAAAACCAAAAUGUCCAACAUUAGUAUUUGGUCGGCUAUUUCUCAGUUAACUUGUUCCUGCACAGGCUGAAAAGCUGUAGUUUCAUUGCACCAAGUGCAUAUAAAUUUAGUUUGACACAGUGUGUAUGCUAAAGUGACUUUGCCAUCUACCUCAAUGCUGCAAGGUGGUACAGAAUUGUUGGCACAUUCUGUGAAUCGAAAAAAAUAUUUUUUUAUUUUCACAAAACAAGUCAUUGUUGUGAUGCCCCACAGAGGUAGAUUUAUUUAUGCUAGUAAUUACAAAGGGAAUUAUUUGUGUUAUUUAUUUCAUACCUCAGUUUUUAUACAAAAAGAAAAAAUAUUUAAGUAUGUGUUACCAAGUUAGUGUUUCCAAAAAUAAAGAAAAAAAGAACCUUUC